UGUCAUCCGUUCGUACUGUCAACAACAACGAAACUGUUUGCGUAAAUAAAUUGGCUACGUGAUAAAAAAUUUACCCCCAAAAACUUUCGAUCUUCAGCUUAAAAACUGUACUCUUGAGCUCGUAAACUCGUGUAAAAGUGUGCCUGUAAUAAAUGCACGGACCAAGGAUAAAAUAUUAAUACCGGAGAAUGAUUGUUGCUAUUCCUACCAGCAUUUCGUGGCUGUAAAACACCAACUAGCAAAAGAUCCCAUCGAUCUUAACGCCUGAAGCAAAAUGUCCUGCGAAGUGAAAGUUCUUGCCAGCAUCGAUGGCUUGUCCGAAGUGCAGGAACAGUUCGGAUUGCGUUCAGAAGAAAACUGGCUCAACGCUGUUAGCUACUCGCUCUCACCAGCCGGAGACAUAUUGGCCCUCGGGCACGGAUCGAUUCUGGUGGUGCUAGCAUCCCGCUGGGAUCGACAGCGCCAGCUCAAUGUGUACAAAACGGCCUGGCGAGGGGCGAUCGAUAGCCCCAGUUGCAUCAUCACCAGCGUACUCUGCACGCCAAUCGUUGGCCAGGGCCAAAGCUCGCAGACAAUGGUCGACUUCAGUUACAUCAUUGUAGGGCUGGACGAUGGGCAGGUGCUGUUUUACGGUGAAAACGGUACGCUGGUGCAUUCGCAAAUUUUCCACCAGGAACCGGUGCAAGCGAUCAAAGCGCAGAGCGGCAAACAUAUCAACGAAGAGCUGUACGUGCUGUACCCGUCGUGCAGCGUAAUCCUGCAGGGUGCACAGGUGUUCUCGUUGCUGCGCAGCUUACGCCAGCAGAUCAAUCGGUACGGUGUGGGCAGCCCGAAGGUGAACGAAGCGCAGGAAACGAUCGCUUGUCGCAAGUGGAGCUACGAGAAGGGUAUGACGAUCGUGGAUGCCGUCGUCGUCGGGCCGCAGAAAAGUUGCACCUUCGAUCAUCUGCUAACGGCCAGCUUGGAGGGUGGCUUUUUCGCGAAAUACCGACACUCGGCCCCGCAGAACUCGCUCAUUAUCGCUGCUGGGAGCAAACCGUACGUAGGCUUCCAUUACGCCAAGGAAGGCUUUACGCAACCGGUGCUGGCGGAUGUGGCCAGAGCAGUAGCUAGCAAAAUUAAAUCUGCCUUACCUUCCUGGCUUGGUGGUGGUGGUGGUUCGUCCGCUCAACAGCAAACCACCGCCGAACCACAGCUGCCCCCCUCGGAACCGCUGAUAUGCCGGUUCGGGCUGUGUGAUUUGCAGCGAAACGCGUUCGCCGUGUGGCUUGCACCGAACCACCAGCUGGCGGCCGUAGCGGACCACCUUGGGCGCAUUAUUCUCGUCCACUGCCAGCGGGGGAUCGCUUUACGCAUUUGGAAGGGCUACCGGGAUGCGCAGUGCGGGUUUGUGGAGGUUGCGGAGAAGCUUCCGAAGGACUCGUCGACGUCCGCUCCUCCACCGCCGGGUCGAAAGGUUGACCGUCGGCGAGCGAUAUUUCUCGUCAUUUACGCGCCACGCCGUGCCGUGCUAGAGAUUUGGUCGCUCCGUGCCGGUGGACCGAAGGUGGCCGCCUUCAGUGCGGCCAAGAACGGUCAGCUCAUCUACAACACGCACAGCCAGAUGGGAGUGACGAGCGGUGCGAGCAAGGUAAAGUACACCGGCCACGGGUGUACGUUUUUCGAUCCGUCCGACAGCAGCCUGAAGGAGAUCGUGAUCCCGUUUCACUGUGCGCUGAGUGAUUCCAAGUCGAAGCUGGCCAAAGAUUUGCAUUUGCUGAAGCGGCUGAAGGUGUGCCUCAAGUCGGGCGAUGGCAGUGAGGCGGAAGAGUUGGAGGAGAUGACCGACAUGUGCCGAUGCUUCGAGACGGACGAGGUUCGGCUGCAGUGUGUCGAAAUGUUGGCCAAGCAGAAGAAAAUUCGCCCGAAACUGUUUGCCGCCAUAGUGGACAUCUUUGCCGAAGUGGCGGCGGAAGGCUCGUUCAUGACCAGCACGAUCGGUCCGUCUGAAGCGUCGGUGCUGAUGGACGAUGGUUUAGGGGAGGAUCAGGACACGCAAUCGAUCUGCUUGCCGACCGGCAAAAGUGCGCUUCGCGUGAUGUGUGAGAAUUAUCAACGGCUAGUCAUGUUCUAUCUGCAUCUUCAUGGAGAUCAGCCCACGAUCGAGGCAGGGGACGAUUGUGACCCAAAAAAGGGCGAAGAGGCGAAAGUGAAUGUACAGCUCUCCGAGCAAGAGCUAACGGUGAUCGAGCAACUGAUAGAAUUGAUCAGGGUGAACGAAAGCGAAGGUUUGCAGACGGGUCAAACUGUUGCAUCUGGGACACUGUCCGGUAACGCUGCCGCCUCGAAAGGCGUAAAGUUCGACGAAAGCGCAGGCUCGGGAGCGCGCAGCUCCAGCUUCAUGGAGUACCUUUCCUCGUUCAACGUAACAAACGAGGAUCUUAUUCUGUUGCGCGACGAGAACGGCCCAAGCGCGCACGCUAGCCUGGGGAAGAUUGUCUUCGAAAAGCUGUACCGAACCACCGCGAACCGUUUGGUCGGGUUCGUGGAAGCGGCCGAAGCCUGCGGUCUGAUGCCCGAGGACUUGCUGCGCACAUUCCUCGCCUUCUGGUUGCGGCUACCGUUCGACUACCACGAUAUCGCCACCCUGAUCGAAGACUUGACCCGGUUUAAUGCGGUGCUGCACGAGAUCUGUUUACUGGCCCGCGACCGAAUCCAUUUCGAUAACAAUGCCAUCUGCCUGUGGUGGCAAUCGGUGCGGGAGCAUCUGCUCGAAUCACCCUGCGCAUUGCGCGGCCUGCUGGCAGCGCUGAUGUGCCGCAACGAAGCGUUACGCCACGAAACCCGGCGCCGUAGCGAUGAGGAGGAGACUGCGAGCGAACAGUUCGAGCAGGUGUCGCAGGAAGCGUGCCAGUGGAUGCUGCUGAUCUACAAGCUAGAGGACGUUGCCGUACUGGGGAAGAUUCUGGCUGAAGCUAUCCGGUGCCGUAGCCCGCGCUGGCCCACCCUAAAGUAUCAGAAACCGAUCGUUAGUCUGAAGGAAAUUUUGACCGGCGGUAAGGGCAUCGUUUCGGAGCUGGUUGCGAAAUGGAUUGCCUCCACCGGGAUCGAUCCACCGAUGCUGGUGAUCGAGGUACCGCAGGAAGCAACCGAAAUCGACCCAAAACCGGCCCCGGACCAGGCGGAAGCGCCGCCCGAGAAAGACUCCGAGCGGCACAGCCGACGCGAACGAAAUCGACGGUUAGCGUUGAUGAAGGCCAAUCUGCUGCUUACAUCCGAGUACGGACCGUCGGACCGGGAGGACCGCGAGCAGGAAGAGCUCGAUCCGGUGCUUUACAACCUGACCAUUCUGCGGCUACACUUCCCAUUCAGUCUCGAUUCUGGCCAGCUGCUGGCCCAGCUCGCCUGGGAGUACAUCGGUGCGUGGAGCAGAAACAUGGCGAACGUGGCCUGCCUGCAGGCGGGUCUCGCAUCGCUCAAAGCCAUCCCCCGGCUGCAGUACUCCAUCAAGCACGGCCUCUGCUGCAUGAUAUGGAACGCGCACCUGAAAAUUCCGCUCGAAGCCACGAAGAAGCUCGUCAACAAGGUGGGCCGGCUGCCGAAGGAGAAGCUGUGCCUGCAGGACAUCGGCAUCAGCGACGCGCUCGUGCCGCAGUUGCUCGAGUGCUGUCUGGAGUUUUUCGACCAAUUCGCGGGCAGCAUCGAUCACGAUAAGCUUGAGCUGCGGUUCGAGGAUCUGCUGCAGGACGGCCCCGUCCCGCUGACGACGCUCGCGACCCAGCAGCCGUCCGCCAACAUGGCACUGCUCAAGCUGCACCAGGAGCUAGCGACCGUGCUGCUGGUGCUGACCUCGUUCAACGUGCGCUACGCCAACAAACCCAUCCAGCAGCUGUUCGACGGUAUGUCGAACCAGGCAUUUUUCACGGAAAUCAAUCGCCAACCGAGCACGGCGAAUGCGUUGCCCAAGGCGGACCAACUGUUGCGAAAAACGCGGCUCGAGUUCCUGUGCCGUACGGUAACGGCGACGAUGGAUCUGAUUCACGAAGAUUUGGAAACGGUGUACUAUGCGGACCAUAACGGCUGGAUGGAUAGGAUCGAGCGGCUUGCCGGCGGCUGGGAGCUUGAGUUUGGCGACAUCCGGAAGCAUCAGAUUAUCGAACUGUACGCUCAUGGGUGGGACACAUACGCGCACGAGCUGCUCGAGAACGUGGUUCCGGACCAGAGCUUCUCCAGCCUGUUGCUAACGAUAGCGGGCCGCCGGUUGGCCCUGUACACCAAGGCGAACCCGACGGCCUGGGGUCAGAUCGCGGCUGUCGGUCCCCUGCUCACCGACUAUCUCGAUACGCUCGUAAGCAACAGCAAUUACGGACCACCGCUGCGUUCCGUCGAGACAGACGAAACCACGCUGGCAACGGUGGCCGGGCGCGAUUUGUUCAUCGACAAGAUAACCAAGCUAACGGAGAAAGCCUUCAACUGCCUCUCGGCGCUGGCAGCUAACGCGAAGGGCACCUCCAAGGAGCUGCGUGUGGCGGGACUAAUAUUUGACGCUUGCGCCACCAUCAAAGAUCAUCGACAUUAGGGGUUGUUGUGCCCCGCCCAGAAGUGAUGGUCUCCUGGCCCACCCCACAGCCCCCUUUCGGGAAAGGCACGUGAUAUCGGCGGUCGGUGGAAGUAGUUUGUUGAUGAUAGUCUGGCUCAGGUUACGUUACGGUUCGUGCUUUUUUUUGUACAUAGUUUUAAUUUUUCAAAAAGUGUAUAGAGGAUGUUGUUGCGGCCCGAUCUUUCGCCCUUUUCGCAGCACCCCACAAGCUAAAACGUUAAACGAAAAUAGCACCGAAUUGGACAUGUCUCGAAAAAUGUUAAUAAAAGCCCUGUUGACUCAAACAAAA